AUGGACAUAAGUCAAGCACAUAGAUACUACUAUGAAAAAUGCCCAAAAGAGGGCGAUGUUGUCAUUGGGAGAAUUAAAAGCUUCGAGGACAUUGGCGCGUACAUUACACUCCCAGAAUACAACAAUAUCGAAGGACUGAUCAUAUACAGUGAGCUGACAAAAAAAAGAACAAGAAAUAUUCAGAAGCUGAUAAAGGUCGGCACGCUUGAAGGCUUUCUUGUUUUAAAGGUGGACAAGGAAAAGGGGUACAUUGACCUGAGCAAAAAAAGGGCGCAGUACGAAGACAAGGUUGCGGCCUUUGAAAGGUACUACAAGGGGAAGAUAUCGCACAACUUCAUGCAAAGCAUAUCGGUGAAGUGCGAGUGCCCCUUGGACAUCUUGUACACAAAGUUUGGAUGGGCAGCCGAAAGCGAGUUUGGGUCUCUGUACAAGUGCUUUAGAGAGGUGCUUUUGGGCGAGCAUGUUCUGCAGAAGAAGAUGGACCGCUGCGAGUUCAUCACCGACAGCCUGCUUGACGAGAUUGAGGACCUGGUGAAGCAGAAGUUUGUGGUUCCGAAGAUAAAGGUCCGCGCAGAUGCAGAAACUAAGUGUAACCGCGGAAACGGUGUUCUGGUGAUAAAGGCGAUUCUCACAAAAAUAGAAAGAGAGUAUCCCGAGGUGGACGUGUCUCUCAUUUCGUCUCCUGUGUUUUCCUUCUCGAUCAUGAGCGAGGACGACGAGACAGGAGGGAAAAUACUGGAAGAUCUUUUGACCAAGCUUGAAAAGCGAGUUGUACAGGAGCAUGGUGAGUUUAAGCGUGUGAUGGAGCCCACUGCGUUUGGGCCAAAGCCGCAAUUUGACGAAGAGGACGAGUCAGACGAUACAUCUUCCAUAGACGAUUCAGAAUAA